CGCCUGGAGAUGGAUCUCGGAUGGGCAGUGUUGCGCAUCGCCAGGCCCGUUAUCGCGACCCGAUUCACAUAGAUUCCACCAAUCCAUCCAAAUAGAAAGCGAACCUGAAUCAGCAGAAUAUCAGCCUUCCAGAAGCUGAUGCUGACAGAUUUAGCCCUAUUCCAUACAUUGACAUGCCGUAGCAUCUACCGUACCUGGCCAUUCCAUUUGACCACCCAUCCCCAUGCAGGCACAAAUGGCAGCCGGAGUGAGCCUCGCUCUUCGGACGAACCACCAAACGCCCCCCUCGGCAGCGCCCCAAAUCCCAGAAGCCUCGUGGGCAAUAAACCGACCGAAGUCCGCGUGGAUAUUUUGCCUUGGCCCUUGAAAGUCUCCAUUGUACGAGCAGCACUCAUUAACCCGGACAAAAUACAUGGGCUUUUUUUCUUUGUUCUAUUUCCUAGCGCAGUGGGGAUGGGAGGCCGGGGAGAUGGCGGAUUUGCAGUUCGUGACCAGGGGGUGGGAGAUGCGGAAACGAAAAGCCUCACAGGGUCCGGGCUCGAAUUAGCGCCGAGGAGAAAGGAAAAAAAUUGGUGUUUUUUUGCCAUGAUUCUCUCAGCUGUGGGGGGACACGGAACGUACGUAUCGCUACUCUUGUUGCUGGCCAUGCAUGUCCUGCUUGAUACGCUCUACUUGGAGCAAGGCCGUGUGGGCUGGGCUUAGCUUGAGAGGAAUGGGCUCGCUAGCAAGGUGAUUCAAG